ACAAACUGUUGCCGAGAAAGGGUCUGGAGAUAUGCAAUGCACGGUUCUGAAACCAUAGAUAUAAAUAUACGUGUAAUGUGUUAAGUUUGCUGCAUUAAUUCCAGACAAUGAAACACAUAUGCUACUCGAAGGAAACAUGACUGAUUAACGGUACGUAUGGGGGAGCCAACAGGGAGCUGCAGUAUAGACAUCCAACGUCUCGCCGCCGAUCUCGAGACAAAGCUAUGCAAUGUGGAUUUGGACGGCGGCCGGCGAUGGCGCCGCUCGCCGGAGUGCCUCAUUUCCAAGGUGAAGCCGCAGGUCCGCCGCGUCGACGACUCGCAGUACACCCCGCAGGUGGUGCUCGUCGGCGCCUACCACCACAAACCGCUGGACAGCACGGACCAGCUGGCGAAGUGGACGGCACUCCGCCGUGUCCUCCCCGACGACGGCGAGCAGCGGGCGUCCACGCUGAGGCGGUGCCUGGAGGCAAUCGCCGGCGUUGAGGACGAAGCGAGGAGCUACUACGAAGACGGCGCCAAGACAUGGAGGGAGAAUCAGAUGUUCGUGCAGAUGCUGUUGCUCGACGCGUGGUUCGUCCUCGACAUCUUCAACGUCGGCGGCGAGGCGGCUGCGGCGGUGGGUAGCCGCGGCGGGAGCGCGGUGGACUACAUCUUCGCCGUGCGCGACGUGUUCUACCUGCUCGAGAACCAGAUACCCUUCUUCAUCCUCGAGAAGGUCUACGAGCUGGUGCGUGUCGGAAAUUCCGGCCAGGAUCAAGAUCAACGCACGCAAACGUGUACUUCUCCUCCGCCUCCUCAGCCUCCGGGAGCUACAGCCAUCGCCGGCGGCGGCCCGUCGUCCUCCUCCACCGUUGUUGUGGAUGGAUUCUUGCGCCAUCUCCGGUCGCUGCUCCAGGACCAGGGCUACUCGAAUGUGGAGGUGGACAUCACCAGCACACGCCCCUGUCACCUCGUCCACUUACUCCACAUGCACUUCACACCCAUGGCGAUGUCGCCGGCCGACGACACCGACGACGCUGCCGCUGUCCCCAACAGGCGCGCGCGCGCCACCGUUUACCGGUGGCGCGGGGCGACGCAGUACCACGCCGCCGGCGUGAGGUUCAAGAAACGGGCCCUCGGCGCCGCCGCCGGCGACGCGCGGUGCGUCCUCGACGUGGAGCUCCGGCGGCUGACGACGCUGCACGUCCCGACGCUGACGGUGGACAACAACACGUGGCGGGUCCUGCGCAACCUGAUGGCGCUGGAGCAGAACAACCCACACCUGGGCAGCCACGUCACGGCCUACUGCCUCUUCGUGUCGCAGCUAGCCGGCACGGCGAGCGACGUCGCGCUCCUGGCGAGGAAAGGCGUGGUCGUGCACUUCAUGGCCACCGACGAGGACGUCGCCGACGGGUUCGCCGGCCUGUGCAGGGGCGUGGCGCUCGACGUCGACGACGCGCGCCGGAACUACCUGCAGCCGACGUGGGAGAGGAUGGAGCGGUGGUACAGCAGCCGGCCGGUCAACUGGAUGGCGCUGCUGCGGCGGCGGCAUUUGAGCAACCCGCUGGUGGCGAUCGCGCUGCUCGCCGCCAUUACUGGCCUAGUCUGUGAAGUUGUGCAGGCCGUAUAUGCGGUCAAGACCUACAGGCCUACAAUCUAGCUAGGCCACUGUGCCAUAUGCCUACCAACUUUGCGUAGCCUAUCAAGUAACAAGUAUGACUCUGUUGAUUUUUCGACGUUUUAUUCAAAAUUUUUGUGCAAAUAUAAAAAUAUUUAUGUCAUGCUUAAAGAACAUUUGAUGA